UCCUAAGCAAAGAGCGAAGGAGGUGAACAAUGUCCCCUGAUGAAAUAACAUAUCUUUGUGUGUUGCUGUUGUCCAUUCCUGUGGGAUUUCUCUUUAAGAAUGCAAGUUCACAUGUGAAACAGUGGUGUGGAGCUGCAGUUGGGUUGUUUGUUGUUCUGAUGACUUGCCACAUCCAUACCCUUCAUUCUGUGGUCACCAUCCUUGGGACAUGGCUUAUUGUGAAAAUUUCACCCAGAUCCUGCCACUUCAAGACCCUUGGCUGGACUUUCACAUACCUUUUUUUUUUCCGCACAGUGACCUAUUAUAACCUUCCAGCCCCUACCUCAUUCACGAAUGCUGUGCAGUUGCUGUUAACAUUGAAGCUUGUGAGCUUGGCUAAUGAGGUACAAGAAUUCAGCCGAUCCAAGAAACAGGAAGUGGCCUCAUUUUCAAGUCGCUCAUCCAUUGGCAUAACUAAGAUUCCCAAUCUGACUGAGGUUUUCUUGUACAGUUUUUGCUACAUUGGACUAAUGACAGGACCCUUCUAUCGCUACAAAACUUACCAUGACUGGCUACAUCAAAUUAAUGCUCAAGAUAUCCCAAGCUGGAAGCCCAUGAUAGCGCGGCUUAGGCCUACACCAGUAUUUGGUGUUCUGUUUUUUAUAAUCUCCUAUUAUUUUCCCCUAAAUUAUGUUAAAAAGGAUGAGUUUUAUGAGCAGGCGUUUCUAUUUCGCCUUUUUUACAUGGUCCCAAUCUUCUUUGUUUUUCGAAUGCGUUUUUAUGUGGCCUGGAUAUUUGCAGAAUGUGGUUGCAUCGCUGCUGCCUUUGGUGCCUACCCUGUCACUGCAAAAUCACGUUCUGGAGGAGGGCCAACAAUAGAAAAUGUUCACCUAGAAAGAAGUUCAGAUGGAGCAAAAAUUGACAUUGAGUAUGACUACGAGACAAUAAAGAAUAUAGACUGCUAUGGAGCAGACUUCUGUGUGAAGGUGAAGGAUGGAAUGCGUUGCUGGAAUAUGAGUGUGCAAUGGUGGCUAGCACAGUACAUCUAGAAUUCACCCAUCAAAUCUUUUGUUUUUGGGAGUGCGUGGACUAUGCUGAUCAGUGCUUACUGGCAUGGAAUCCACCCUGGCUAUUACCUGAGCUUUUUGACUAUCCCCUUGUGCCUGGCAUCUGAGGGGAUGAUGGAUAUGGGAUUGAGAUGUCAUCUUUCUGAUUCUGGCAAGUUGGUAUUUGAUUGGGUGCACUGGUUCCUGAAGAUGAGAGCAUACGACUACAUGUGCAUGGGCUUCGUUCUCCUCACCUUCUCUGACACUUUGCGUUACUGGAAGUCUAUUUAUUUUUCUAUCCACGUGCUGGCCAUCUUCUUCAUCAUUGUAGGCCGAAUCAUGGCUCCAAGAUCACCUAAUGUAAUUGGAAACAACAAAAAAGAAGAAAAAAAACAAGACUAGUCCUAAAAGUUAAGCUGGUGUUGUAUCCAGUGUGACACUGGCCUGACUAUAUCAUCAGGCCACAGUAUUCUUGUUCUUGGAAAACUGGAUGGCAGAAAUUGGACAUGUCAUGUGCUACACUUGCUGUGGAAGACAUUAUUUUAUCUGUAUACCACAGAGAAGAUUUGCUUCCACAGUAUUAUUUGACCUUUAGUCUCUAAAUUUGUGCUUAUUGGAGGGAAACACAAUCUCUGGUCUUAUUGACCAUCUAUGUUAUUCUUUUCAGUUGAAUUUUGCCCAGAGGCAGGAGAUUUAUUUUUAUUUUUUGUCACAUUAGUUGUUUGCCAUGUAUGUACCUACAUUUGCCAUAUCUUUAUUAUGCUUUCUUUGGUUCACUUUUAGUGCACAUAAUUGUGAUUUUAAUUGUAAUCAAAAAGCAGCUCUAUCAUACAUUGAUCACAUUUUCUGUUGGUGACACAUUUGCCAGCCUCUAUUUUUCUCAGUUACAUUGUCUGGUGAUGCAGCUUCUUUGCCCCUCCCUAUAUAACUCUUUACAAAGCACCCAGAUGAGAAUGUUAGGGUGUUACUUGUGCACAAGCUCUGAGUCUGCUGUGGAUGUUCACAAAAGGGAAAUGUUACAGGUAAACAUGCAAUAAAUAUACACAAUCUUAUGUGGAAUUUUUUGUUAAAAUAAAUGGUUUGCCAUCAGGGUC